AUGUAUAAACGCGAGAGGCUAGAACGCCGUGAUCGCGAGAAAUGGCAAGUGAUGAAGGCCCAAGAUGCUUCACGAGCCAAUAGGCAAUUUGACGCCCAGGUCUACGAACUGGAAGCUCGCAUAAUCGAGGGAAUCGAGAACCGAACAUUGGAUGUCCCCGACGGGACAAAUAUGAACAAUCUCGCCCAUGAGACAGUCAAGAAGAACUGGAUGAAACAAGGAAUCUGGAACGAAGAAUGGGAGCACGUACCUCAGCCAUGGUGGAUGUGGAGGCAUGAAGAAUUGCCCGAGGUUACUCCUGCGCCCAAAAUCGAUCUCGAUCGACUCUCUCGGUCGAGGGGAGAGGAACCGACGAAGGCCGGAUUCUGGGACAAAAGGAUACCCCACAGCGGUGAGCGGAAAGCCAAACAGAAGCCCGGGGACGAGCCAUCACGCCCAUUUCAUCAAUUCAUCUAUCAAAUAUCGAAGGAGCGCGAACGAGUUCAAAAUGCCUCCGACUCCCCAGAUAGCCCUUCUGUCUCUGCCUUGACAAACAUCAACACCGAAGCUUACGAGCAUGUGAAAAGUAUCUGGAUCAAAAGAGGCAUUUGGAACGACAAAUGGGGCAUAUUGCCUGGGAUGGUUUGGAAGCAUGAAAUCCCUUUGCAGAUACCCGAUAACGACCGCGAUUUGAGUCCGAGCCCGACAGUGCCUAGCGAGCAUGUUACCUUCAAUCAACAACCUAGACCUCCGCUUUUUGAUGGGCUUUUCUCUACCCAAGCAGAUGGUCCCACCCAAGCAGAUGGUCCCGAUCAAGCAGAUGGCCCCGCUCAAGCAGAUGGUCCCGCCCAAGCAGAUGGUCCCGCCCAAGCAGAUGGCCCCGCUGAAGUAGAUGGUCCCGCUUCAAACAGUGGCCAAAGAACUACUAAGAGGAAACGGGCGGCCGCUCGUGUUGGCCCGAAGAAAGCAAGACGAAAGGUUUCCGCAACUCUCAAGCCGGAGAUAUCAAGGUCCAGGCCCGCAGUGGAUAAUUUAACCAACAAAUCGGUUCUUCCUGAUCAAGGGACUCAAGAUACUGGGAGACGUAGAAGCAGGCGCAUACAGAAGCGGAAUAAGUCCAAUUGA